UGACUAAGCACAAUACUUGUUUCCCUUUUGUGACAAAUCCCUCCCAUUUAUUUUCUACUGAAUAACGUGGGUCUGCUGCCUGUUUCCUGGUCAUGACAACAAUAGUGUUGUUUCGAAGAACACCUUUUGCUCUUUUGACAUUCCAGCGACGUCUUUCAUUUUUCACACACCGAAAAAAAUCUCUCGUUUUCGCUGGAACCAUGGAAGGCUCGCUGUCUUCCCCAACACGUUUUGAUCUUCUAGUAAUCGGCGGUGGAUCUGGCGGUCUAGCCGGUGCUCGGAGAGCCGCGGAACUUGGAGUUUCAGCCGCUGUCAUAGAGAGCCUCAAACUCGGAGGGACAUGCGUGAAUGUUGGAUGUGUACCGAAAAAGGUAAUGUGGAAUACAGCAGUCCAUGCAGAAUACAUUCAUGAUCAUGGUGACUAUGGUUUUCACUGUGACAAUCUAAAGUUCAGCUGGCGACUGCUUAAAGAAAAAAGGGAUGCAUAUGUUCGCCGACUGAAUGAUAUUUAUCAAAAUAAUUUAAACAAGGCACAGAUCCAAACAAUCAGUGGCCAUGCAGCAUUCACAUCAGACCCAGAGCCUACAGUGGAGGUAAAUGGUUCAAAGUACACUGCUCCUCACAUCCUAAUCGCAACAGGUGGGCGUCCCUCUAUGCCUAGUGAGGAGGAAGUGCCUGGAGCAAGCCUUGGAAUAAACAGUGAUGGGUUUUUUGAACUUGAACAUUUGCCAAAACGCAGUGUGAUUGUAGGAGCAGGUUAUAUAGCUGUGGAGAUGGCAGGAAUCCUCUCUACACUGGGAUCAAAAGCAUCAAUGAUUAUACGACAAGGAAGGGUGCUGAGGAGUUUUGACUCCCUAAUAAGUGAAAAUUGUACCCAAGAACUAGAAAAAUCUGGAAUUGAGCUGUGUAAGAACUCCCAGGUUAAAUCAAUAAGAAAAACUGACAAUGGUUUAGAGGUUACAGUAGUGACCAAAGUACCAGAUCAGGAAGAAAAAAUCAGUACAAUCCAGGAUGUGGACUGCCUGUUGUGGGCUAUUGGACGGGAGCCAAACACAGAGGGCCUCAACCUAGACGCACUGGGUCUGAAGCAGGAUGAAAAGGGCCACAUUGUAGUGGACGAGUUCCAGAACACCAGCAGGAAAGGAAUUUAUGCAGUUGGAGACGUUUGUGGGAAGGCGCUUCUUACACCAGUUGCUAUAGCUGCUGGCAGAAAACUUGCACACAGGAUAUUUGAAGGGAAGAAAGACUCCAAACUCGACUAUAGCAACAUUCCUACAGUGGUGUUUAGUCACCCCCCAAUAGGGACCGUGGGACUCACUGAAGAGGAAGCAGGAACCACUUAUGGAAAAGAGAACCUGAAGACUUACACAACAUCUUUCAUUCCUAUGUACUAUGCAAUGACUACAAGGAAAACCCAAUGUGUCAUGAAGUUAGUGUGUGCUGGAAAGGAGGAAAAGGUGGUAGGCUUACAUAUGCAGGGACUGGGAUGUGAUGAAAUGCUCCAAGGUUUUGCUGUGGCAGUCAAGAUGGGUGCCACAAAGGCAGACUUUGAUAACACUAUCGCCAUUCACCCAACCUCAUCAGAAGAACUGGUCACGCUGCGAUAGAUCAAAGCACCUGCCAACCUGAAUAUGUGUUGAGUUAGACGCAUCUUAUGUUUUUGCAUUGCUGCUAUUUAAAACCACAUCUCAAUAUGUAAACAUUUGUGAGAUUUUGUCAAUAUUGGUUUACCUGCUUUCACUUAAUCAUUAACAAUGAAAGAGUAAUAAAUUCUUUCUUUUCAA